AUGUCAGCACUGUAAUUGUCAUCCUGCAGGAGCCAUUAGUGGGUCUUGUCAUCUUGUUACUGGACAGUGUGUUUGUAAACAAUUUGUAACUGGCUUGAAAUGUGACAACUGUGUUCCCGAUGCUAGUAAUUUGGAUGUCCACAACCUGUUUGGCUGCAGUAAAACUCCAUUCCAGCAACCUCCUCCUACAGCAGAAGUUCUCAAUUCCUCUGUUAUCAGUCUUUUGUGGAGUUCCCCUGACUCUCCAAAUUCUAACAGGCUUACUUACCAGCUGUAUAGGGAUGAGGCCAAAAUCUAUACAACCGAAGACUACCACCCUUAUAGUGUUCAGACCUUCACCGAUACCAUGUUAUCUCCAUAUACCUUCUAUUCCUAUUAUGUCCAAGCCAGCAACGUUCACGGUUUUACUAGAAGUGCCUCAGUGACAUACAGAACAAAAUCUGGGAUGCCUACAGGGAGCCUACAUUUAAAUCCUGUAUUUCCUGUUAGUCACCGCUCUGUUUUACUUUACUGGACAAGCCUCUCCAAUGACUCUGGGCCCAUAGAGAAAUACAUUUUGACAUGUACGAGCUUGGUUGAUCUUCAGCCCUGUGGUCAGUAUGAAGGCUUAAAAACUUCAGCAAUUAUUUGGAAUCUCGUUCCAUUUACAAAGUAUGUUUUUUCUGUGCAAGCUUGUACUAGUGGAGGCUGCUUAAAGAGCCAGCCAGUAACAGUAAUUACUGCACAAGCUCCUCCAGAAGGGCUACACCCGCCGAUGGUAGAAACCAUCAGCUCUACAGAACUGUCUGUGGAAUGGUCACCACCUGAGAAACCAAAUGGCAUAAUUAUAAGAUAUGAACUUUACAUGAGAAAAAAAUUAAAGCUGGCUGGGAACAUUCUUCCACCUGAAAUUCGUAUUUUCCAAAGCAGUGGAUGGCUCAGUCCUCAGCCAGUUAUGGAGUCUCCUAAUGAAAAUGCCCUGGCUCCACCGCAGACGAGUACCACAGUCACUGAUCUGGAGCCAUUCACAGAGUAUGAAUUUUAUGUGCUAGCAGUAAACAUGGCAGGUAGCGUAUCUUCAGGCUGGAUAUCAGGAAAAACAGGAGAGGCUGCCCCAAUGUUAAUGCCAUCUCCGUCAGUGUUCCCUCUUUCACCAUAUUCCCUCAACGUGUCAUGGGAAAAACCUGAAGAGAAUUUAGCAAGAGGAGAAGUGAUGGGAUACAGCAUCAGUUUGAUGACUGAACAAAGGUUCUUGCCACCAUUUUCCCAGGUUUUGCAUAUAGCUGAGGCUCAUGAGCUAUCCUAUGUAGCAACAGGAUUAAAACCUUACAGGAUGUACAACUUUACUGUUACUGUCUGCAAUCAAAUUGGUUGUGUAACCAGUGAGCCAGGCACCGGGCAAACCUUGGCAGCUGCUCCAAGAAAACUUAGUGCCCCUCGUGUUGAAGGAAUAAACAGCACAACGGUAAAGAUAAAUUGGAAUGAACCUGAAGAACUUAAUGGACCUUCUCCCAUCUACCAGGUGGAAAGGAUGGAUUCAUCUUUAGCUACAUUGAGUACAGAAGUAAUGAAAGGGAUCCGUUUCCCAGGAAAUGGAUAUUACCGAUUCGCUAGUUCCACUCUCCCCGCCAAUACUUACUUUACAGGUAAAUGA